AUGACAGUAAGUACUUUAAGCCGUAGCUUCUCUCGCAGACUCAACAGGCAGACCCCUCUCAGGACAACGAGAAGUGGAAGAGUUUCCUAGACGAACUGCGCGCCAUUGACAGCGGUGCAUAUGUCCCUCCACCUCCGCCACUAAGAGGAGACGAAGACCAAAAAGAGCCAUCGCAUAAUGGCACCCAGGACACAGAAAAUGGUAAGAGAUUUUGACAUUUUACUUUGUUUUAUCAUCAUCUUUUAGACGUGUCAAGAGCAGAACGCUCUUACAUCAACAAACUCCUUGGUACCAGGCUUGUCGAAACCAAGGAAUGUGACAUCGAGCUGCUCCGCAGCGAUCCUUCAAACCCGCUCCAUUCCGUCAAGUCUUUCAAGGAGCUCAGUAUGUACGACUACGUUUUCUUGGUUUAUGAUGUUUUAGUGGUGCUCCACUGCUGAAAGGGAUAUCGGCCAUGGGGUUUUACAAUCCAUCGACAAUCCAAGAAAAGGCGCUGCCGUACCUAGUUGGAGAGAAGUACGUAAUUAAUUUUUUACGCUGGUUUCGCUUGUGCAUAUUUCCUUUUUUGAAUCAUAACGAAAAGUGUCAUCAGAAUCCUACUCGCUGAACGCCUACGUCAGUGAGGGGUACGAAUUCAUAAGACGAAGAUGCGAUCACUGGAACAAGGAAUUUAUUGGCCUGACGUUUCGGAUUCUCAUUCGAAGCCAUCAUCGGCUAUUCGCGUCUGGAGUAAUCUCCCAGUUUCUCCGACGUAGUUACUUUUUCCGCAACUGCACCAGAUCCGGUAAAUGACUCCUGACGUUCUCGGCCGUGGCAGUGGGUCUUUCGUCCUCAUGACUUGGCGCCCGAUGGUUGCUUCCGGCCUGUGUGCAACCCCAGCUUCAAGUGAAGCGAGAAGACGGUUGACGGCGUCUGGGACGUUCUUCACGUACAGAAGAGCCCGCCAAAAUUCGGGGCCGGUUGGAUUUGGUCUCUGGUGUUGUUUUCGUAUGCACAGGUUGACAAAGUUGCGUGGGUAGCCAUUAGCACUUAGUACCCAUCGAAAAUAUUGUAAUUCAGCAACCUUGUCUUCCGUUUAACUGCAAUGCGUCUCAACGCGUCGGUAUAGCGCCCUUACACAACUGCGUUUAUGACUGAUCGGGUGGUUGCUGUUGAAGUUGCGACUGUCUCUGACGAUGGGUUCUAAUGAGAAUCCGAAACGUCAGACCGACAUUUUUUGUUCCAGUGGUUGCAUCUUCGUCUUCUGAACUGCUUUCUGGAACUCGCCUGUUCGCAUCUAUCGAUACGAAAUAAUCUCUGACGACCGAAAGUUUGUUAGCUUGACGUUUCGGAUUUUCACACAAGCCCGUCAUCAGAUUACCCAUACACUCCAUACUGCUUUGGAGAACAUGACCAUACUGCAUAUUUUGGUAUAUUUGCCGGCAAAAGAGGAUUGCAAUACAUUUUCCCACAGUGAAGUUCAGUCAGUAUCAGUCAGUAUAUUUGGAGUAAACAACAGAAGCCAUGAAAACUCCAUUUAGAGGGUACAGGUAUAAAGUAAAAUAGUUAAAUUGCAAAACUUUUGCUUGCAGUUUUAGUAGGAGAAUUCAUAAAUCUAAUAAUGUAACAUGAAGGUGAAAGGGGUAUUAUAUUCGCAAAAUAAUUGCGAAAAACUUUGUUCACCACAUUCGGACUGUGAAAAUUUCAAUAUGGGCUAAGUUUGACGCAAAAAAUAGGAUCUGUUGAAAUCCUGUGAGUAGUAUAUUUAUAGUCAUUUAAAUAAUCCGUUAGAUCAGGCUUCGGCAGUUUGGGUUGCCUUUCAGCAGGUGAGUAUCCAGUUGUCUCUUGAACACGUUCACGGUAGGGGAAUUAACAACAAACUCCGGCAAAGAGUUCCAUUGGCGAAUGACCCUCUGUGAGAAAAAGGAGGAACGUUGAUUUGUGUGGCACAGUUCCUUUUUAAGCUGGUAAUCAUGUCGUCUGAGAUUGGAUUUGGGUGCCAUUUCAAAAAACGUUUCCCAGUCGACAUCCAGAUUAAGUCCUUUUACCAACUGGAACGUUGCUAUGAGGUCACCUCUGUCCUGCCUGUAGUGGAGGGGAUAGAGGUUCAAGGCCGUCAGGCGCUGCUCGUACGUGAAGUUUUUGAGGCCAUGAACAGCCUUUGUAGCACGCCGUUGUACACCUUCAAGGAUAUCUAUAUCCUUCCGAAGCCACGGCCGCCAAGCCUGUACCGCAUAUUCCAGGUGCGGCCGCACAAAUGUCCCGUAUACUUUGCCAAAGACAUCUUUAUUCAAGUGAAUAAACGUUCUGCGUAUCGCGCUCAUAACGGACAUUGCCCGCGCAGCGACUUUAGAACACUGCGUGGUGACGCUUAGAUCGUCUUUAAUGAACACACCGAGAUCUUUUUGCACAUCUACGGUUUUAAGUGGUUGAUUGUCCAGGAGAUAUUGUCGUGGGGGUGCAUUUGUUCUUCGCCUCGCUGAUACUACGUGCAUUACUGCACAUUUUUUGACGUUGAAUUUCAUGCACCAUUUCUCGCUCCAUGCGUGCAAAUUCGUUACGUCCUCUUGUAGCAUCCUGACGUCAUCUUCAUCUUUUAUCGCUCUCCAAAGUUUAAGGUCGUCUGCAAAGAGUGCUAUGUCUGAUUUCACCUCCCGUACCAGGUCAUUUACAUAGAUAAUGAAUAGGAGCGGCCCAAGAACUGACCCCUGUGGGACUCCACUCGUAACAGGUGCCCAUUCUGAGCAGUAGCCGCCCGCAGUGACUUUUUGUUGCCGUCCGUUUAGGAAAUCUUGAAUCCAGUUCAGAAGAUCUCCUCUUAUCCCUACUUCUGAUAACUUUUGAAUGAGGCGCUUUUGUGGGACGCAAUCGAACGCCUUGCUGAAGUCAAAGUAAAUGACAUCAACUGGAUAUCCUUUAUCCAUGGCCUUUGACCAAUGUUCUAGUGACGAAAGCAGAUUUGUGAGGCAGGACCUCUUUUCGCAGAAGCCAUGUUGAACUGAGGCGAUGUGACAGCGGAAAGUAUCGAGUGAUGUAAUAGAUUUUUUAACUAGCCUUUCCAUCAGUUUGCAGCAAAUGCAUGUCAAACUAACCGGCCGGUAGUUCGUGGGACAUAGCCGUGAUCCUCCCUUGUGGAUAGGUACGACGUUUGCCAACUUCCAUGUGUCAGGUAGUUUGCCAGCUUCCAGCGAUUUUUGGAAGAUUAUAGAAAGUGGCUCUGCUAAUUCUUCAGCUAGCUGACGCAGGAGUACACCUGCGUCAGCUAGCUGAAGAAUUAGCAGUUGAUUGGAGAUAAUCGAGCGAAGGGUUAUAAUGAUCAGAAUGGACAAGUCGUCUGUUGACUUCUUUUAGUUGUUUGCAGAAUUUCCGAAAGAUAAUGAGUAUGCACCCUGGCUGCUGGUGAUUCUAAGAAGUCGGAAGCUGGAGAUGCGAUCGCUGGAACGAGAAUUUAAUUGGCUAGACGUUUCGGAUUUUCAUUCAAACCCAUCAUCACACAGUCACAGAUAAGGAUGAUGGAGGCACAAGGAUUACAGUAUUUAUAGGACGCAGUGAUCACGCAACCACAUAACGACUAGUUAAUACUCCCCGCAUUCAUCGCCGCGGAUCAUAUGUUAUGCGAUGAUUGCUUGUCGAUCUGUACCCAAGUCGUUAAUGGCUGUGGUUUCAUCAUCGUUGUUGAUUAUUGGCGUGAUGAUUACUCGGCAGUUUUGCUCACUGUUAUUGGAACUGUCGACCGUCCGCGCCUCCCCACAUGGCUAAUUACUCUGCUCAGGCAGUUUCAACACAGAAUAUGUGAACAGGAGGCCAUUGCGCUUGUUGAUCGACUGGUGACCAGCGAUCCAUGACUCCAGCGGUUUGGGGCUUGCGUGGUUGUCGCUCCUUGCGAGAUUUCCGACCUCAUCAAACCUAAAUGUGCGGCCGGGUCCCGUUGGAUGAGUCGCGACCUAAGAGCUAGCGUUAUUCCUUUCCACUGUUGCUGCAUGCCCGACCAUUCGCGUCCAGGGUACUCUUCAAACUUCCACGACGUAAUUUCUUCGUCAGCUAGUACGUCUCCUGCUGUAGCAUGGGCCUUUUGGUCUUAUGAAUGGACGUCUGAUAGUGGCUCCUGGUCUGUGAGCAACUUCAACUCCGAGUGAUGGGAGCAGGCGGCUGACGGCUUCCAAGACGUUAUUAACGCACAGGAAUGUGUGAAUUUCCCUAGGUAAAAAUUGUAUAGCUUGUAGUUUAGGAACCUUAGACGCUAGCGGAACGGGGGGUCAGAUUUAAAGUUAAUAAGGAAUCGAAAACUUUUUUUAAGAGCGGAAGCUACCCCUUCCACACAGAAGACUGGGAGAAGAUGUAGUCCACUAUUAAGUGAGUAAAAGUUGAGAUAUUUCUGUCGAUGCUUUUUAUAAAUUGCGUUGGGAUAAAGGCGUUGAAAAUGAGUUGGCCGCCCUCUGGCAAGUCGGAUUUUUACAGGCUGCCGAAGACGCGGAUUCAAAAGCCGGCAUCCUGGUUUGACAGAAAUAUCACGGGAUUACGCUAUGUUUUACUCAAUCUUACAAUUCCACGUAAGAAAUCCUUUUUGAUAGAAGUAAUAUUUCAGGAUUUCGAUUAAUUUUUCAUGAGAUACGCCAAACAUCUAUGGACUUAGUACUUCUUACAAAAUACUAACUGUCCAUCCCUAUUGUGGUAUUUUUUUGAGCACUAGAAGGUUUCUUCGUAGUAACACGAAGUUAAUUGCUAAUUUUCUCAGCCCCGCUAUGUGUACCGUCCAAAUUAUUUGAAGCCUGCAUGGGGCAAACGUGUGUUUUAGAUCGGUGGUCGUCAUGCCUACCAUGUUAUUGCGUGGUAAGCUUGUGUGCUCAUUGCUGGGUGGGAGGAAGAAGUGGCGGCUAAGGAGUUGGAGGAAACUUUCUGGGGUUUACUUUCGCGAUUGGGGACUCUGAAGGGGGGGGGGGGAGGGCAGAGUUAAAAGCGCCGCGGGACACAAAUGGGAAUUUUAUCGAGCGAGGUCGGACUGACAGCUUCGUCGGAGGAGGACGGAAUGAGUGAGGUGGGUAGGUGCUGUUACUUCCUCCCUGUCCGCUCCCCAUCACCCUGUCGUUUAGGCCUGAACACUGCUGAACCACCCCUGUCACUUUCACACCAUUGGUUUUCCCAUCUUUGCACCGGUCUUAUAAUUUGCCCAAAGUACUUAGUCGACUUGGUGGGAAUACAUCUGUGCUCAUCUUUGUCCUACAAGCAAGCUCGAUCGCUGAACGCCACUCUCAUAUUAGGUAGUGUUUAGUUUGACAACCUCAGGAACAAACGUACACGCAGGCGCCGUUUAAAAUCCGCAAAAAUCGACAAACAUUUUGGAAUCUCGGGAUUGGAGCCAAGUGGGAAUUUCCACAGACGCUGUAUAAUAAUCCAAUUUUUUGUGCAUCCCAUCUACGUGAGUGUUAAAUUCAGGUAGAGGUCGAAAAUCGAUAGUCCAAAGCCCCACUUCUUGAGCAAGGUCGCUUCCCCACUUGUGAUUUUCACAGGUGGCUGGAAGGGUGCUUAUCCGAAGGGCAGCACGCCGUCAUGCGUGGAGUAACCUGCAAUUGUGUUCCAUAUCAAUCAGUGCUCCAAAUUCUUUUAAGCAUCAGUCUUAACUGAUCAUGGGUAGAGUCCAGUCAUCUAGCCAGCUUUUUGUUCUGGACUUGCAUUCUCGAACAUGUGAAGCCGUUCACAAGACUGACGGACGCAUCUCACGGCCGCAUUAUAAAAUCUCUGCUGCGUACGUCAGUUUACGUCCGUGUGCUCAGGUUUAUUAUCUGGGUCUGGCGGGAGGCGCUGAGACGUCUGCCGAGUUGGUCGCAAAGGGGAGAGGGUGUUGCGCGUCUUCAUCCAGCGAGCCUGUCCCCCACCAGAGUGAGCCAGCCCAGCCUGUAAGGCCAUAUUAGCUUGCGGGAGUUGAAGUUAUUGGCUGAUCGGUGGACGUCUGGUAGCCAUGUCUCACGAUUCCGUCUGGUUGCGUGGUUAUCACCCCGACGCACUAUCUCGUAACCGCCCGGGGUAGUGUGCGUCGCCACCUUUGAAUUUCGAUUGGGCCCUCGUUCAGCCGGCUGGUGCUGGCAAAUUUGUAAUUACCGACAGGUUUCUCCAAUAUCGUUUAAUUUUACACCGGCGGUGUAGCCAGAAGACGACGGGCGACUUCUCCUGUUUGGGACCAACUUUGAAAAGUCGCGUCAGGCUUGUAGGCAAUGUCGACCCUGAGUGACCCCACCAGUCUGGCAGCGGCUUCUGAUAACGCCCUACACAUGAGAUACUUCUCCGUGAUAUGACUUUGUUAGUUCUUUUUGAUUAUCGACUCAUUUGAACGAACAUCCGCGGGUAUUCGUUACCUCUAAAUUGCUUCACGAGGUGGUCCAGUUCAGUCCCCUUGGCGGUCUGCCGUAGUGAGUGUCCACUCGUAUGUUAGCUGUGCUUACACACCAUCGCUUGUUUUUGUAGUAGACCGUUGCUAUUGAAGUGUACAACCUGCCUUGUGCUCGUUGGUUUUCGCCAGACUGUGGUCCCACGUUGGCUUUAGGUUGGCACCUGGCGAAAACAUGCACGAGAAAAUUCGUUACUGUACUUUUUCUCCUGGUUGUGGCCCACAUCGGGGACAACCGGGUCGAGUUAGACCUUGGAGUAUUCGACCCCCUCUGGCUGGUUAAUUAGGAAGGUGUCGUUGACAUGACUGGCUCAAAAUUUGGACUGGUACGUCUGGGUCGCUUGCGUUUCCAGGCCUUGGAGCACAGCUUCAACAAUCAGCUCGGAAACCUGGGGACUCAUUGACAUGGACGAACGAGAUUUUUUGGGGGAUUUGUGUUGGUUGUGAGGGGCCGUACACGCAUGCAUCCAGCCAGGGUUAUCCGAGCUCGGGACCUGCGUCCACAAUACCAGCAGGUUUGGGCAACAGAGAUUUAGUAAACGACAAUGUUUCUCCCUACAGUUUCCUCGUUACUUUUGUUGCUGUGGUGGAUGCAGUGACCCACUCAGUCAAUGUGAGCGUUGACUGCGCUCUGUUAAUAUGGAGCUGUUGGGGUUUUCCCAGGUUUCUUGGUGGAUUAUUAGACUUAAAGCAAGGCUUCCGACCUGCCUCAUUGCGUUAUUUCCAUACUUGUGUUGCUGUUCUGCCACCAUUCCACCCGUCCCUUAUUUGGCACCCUGACUACGUGUCAUGAUCGGUUUCAACAUUGCGUUUUCAUCGUAGUUACACGAUCUAAUAAACAUUUUAACAUAGUUACGUCGACUUUAAGCUGACCGCCGUCCCACGUUGAUGCUCAGCCCCUAUUGUUCUGUCCCGGCUGUGAACUCUGACUAGCCUCUAACUCUGGUCACUGCUCAGGUUUAUGUCUCGCGCAAGCCUGUCGGCAAGUAGACCACGUCACUGUGAAAUAAUGAGCGAUAGAGAAAAUCUUAUUGACCAGAAUUCAGUACAUCAGCUAAUACGCCACAGUGACCUUGUGUUAGUAACACAGACAAAACAGGACCUGUUCGCGUUAUCCAAAUGGCUGUCUACAGUUAGGUUUGUGAAUUCCACCAACGCCAUCUUGCAGGACACCGGCGAAUUUAUUUUGGUUCGGUUUCUGAUUUCUUUUUUCACCUUUCCCAUCCAGCUGCUGCAACAUGAUCGCUCAGGCCCAGUCAGGCACCGGAAAGACGGCCACGUUCCUGUUGGCUAUGCUCAGUCGUGUAGAUGUCUCCUUAUCCAAAUGCCAGUGCCUUUGUAUGGCUCCAACACGUGAAUUGGCCGUGCAGAUUGCUAAUGUGGGCCGUCAGAUGGCGCAGUUCAUCGACGGGCUUCACAUCGGUCUGGCAGUGCGGGAUGAAAUCCGUAAGUAAAUUUUUUCAAACUCAUCGGCUUCAAUACAACCACCAUAACGAGUCUUCAGUACCACGCUGGCCAUGUUUCAAUCCCCCCACCACCACCACCACCAGCACCGCGGAUUUAAUUUUUCACUGAAAUUUACAUUUAUGACCGAGUCAAGCUUGAUAAAAUGGCGGUAUUCUCACCGUAGUAUUUGUAAUUUUAGCUGACGUCGAUGAAGAUAAUUAUGUGAAAAGCCACAUUCUGAUUGGCACGCCAGGGACCGUCGCAGGAUGGAUGCGCGGCACUGGCCGAUUUCGAAUCGACCGCCAGGCUCUAAAAAUGUUUGUAUUGGACGAGGCGGACAUUAUGAUGGAGGAGGAUGGUUUCCUCCAUAUUUCUCGUCGCAUUGUAAGGUAAGGGACAGAUUUUGUUUCUGAUUUGUUUAAGGCAAAAACCAAGCUCGGUAGUGUCGAGGAAAGUAAAUGGAGUUAUAAUUUCCACUGACAUAAGGGUACCGAGUUUCUUGUAUGAGAGCUAGUCAAUGGUUCCGCCUGGUUGCAACACGAAGCAUACCCUCCCUGUUUACCCCUAGCACAGGGGGCGAGCUAGAAGCUCACUUACCAGGUCUGUUUCGAUGUACCGUUAUUCGAGUCAUUAGGUCCGAUGCUUUUAAAGGGAGACGUCGCAGUUCCUUAGUCUGUCCUCAUCUAACGGGGGGGGGGGGGGUCAAUCCUUAAAGCAGUUCAUUAUGAACCCCCCAAGGAAAGACUCCUCUCAACUUCGGGAGCUCCAGAUACAAGUCAAAUGGAGCACGAACGCAAGUAGAAAUGACGAUGGAGAUUGGUGUUUGUAUUACCAACACUGACAGUUUCGUAGCGGGGUCGAUGGCCGUCGGCAAGACAAAAACGACUUGCUUAGGACAAGUGGUGACACCGUUCCCACUCCUGCGCCCCCUUUCUGCCACCCCACCAGUGGUGUCGCACGGGGAGGGCGGAGUUUUCGCCGCAACUACCAAAGGCCUUCGAGGGACGUUACUGACAGGGAAAAAGGAGACUAGAACGGGCACUUUCGCUGUCAGCCAAUCAGGCAUCAAUUCUGCCAAACCCCGGCCUAGGUUCUAGCAGGUCGACGACCGAAAGCGCUCGUUCUAGUUCCCGUUUUGUUUGUCGGUAAUACUUUCUGUUUACGAAUGGGUCGUCAUUAUGUAACCGCCAGUGAGGGUUCCAGCUCGUUCUCACAAUUUAAAAGUUGGUCUCACAUGAUCACGGCGUAAAGCGGGGAAUGUUGUCUGUCCUUGGGCACUUCGGUCACAUGCGGGACUUGCAGCUAAGUUAGUCAUUGACAUUGAUAGUUAAACAUGCAAAGUAGAAACAUCGAAGAAGCCAAGGUCGACGAACGUACUUUUUCGAUCAUUAAUCAUCAGACUAGCACAGUAAUAUACGCCUUGGUAAAGCAGCUAAAGUUGAAAAACAGCCAGUGAACAGUAAUAGUGGGAGGGGGGUGAGGACGAUAAGGUUUCACUGGUGUCUAGACGCAUCUGAACAAGUUGGCGGGAAGGAAGUAUGGUCUAGUUCUGCCAAGGGGUGAGGGAGGUGUGGUAGUGGGUCAUGCUUACCAAAGAAAAAAAUGUGGAGUUCGACAUAGGCCAGGGUGACUGAAGGGCUAAACUAACGCCAGCUAAUACAGGAUUAGGUUGAAUACCCAUAUGCCAACUGCUGUCACUGUAGAAAUUAUCCGCUGACACAGGAAUUCGGAGUCUCGUCGGCAUUUAGUAGAUAACUCGAAAUGCUUGGUUGACACCUGCCCGAUGACCGCUGUCAACCAGGUGAGCCACGAUUGCGCUAGAAAUAGGCUUUUCCCUGCUGAUUUAGCCAGACGGAACAGUGUUCUCGCUUUCCCUGGGAUAAGUGCCUAGUCGUUCGACCAAACUAGCCUGCUCCACGGAAGCAGGUGAGGACGUGGGUGCAGAUUGGAGAAGCCUGAAAGGGCAGCGUACUCUUCUCUCCAAGACGGAGAAUCCCUACCCGUUGCUACAAGAGUGUCGUAAACAUAUCGUAUGUACUCAUCGAGGUCCCAUGCAACAGCGUAAAACUGGUCCUUCUUUAAUUUUCUCAUGAAGACAUUCGCUAGUUGGGAUCCAAGGGAUAAUCCCGUGGCUACUUCCUCGAUCUGGCGGUGAUAUUGACCAUCAAAUCUGAAUUGGACAUUUAGCGUGCAACGGAAGAACUGCACCUUUAGGGCUACUGCCUUUAUGCCAAUUUAGGCGUUCUGUUCCACAAUCUCACCACGUAUAUAUUCUAUCGUCUCCGUGAGAAAAAUACUAGUGAACGAAGACGAGACGCCUAGGGAGAAAAUCGUUUUCCCAUCGAAAUUUGUAUUUUUUAAGAAAUCGAUGAAUUCAAAGGUGUUCCAUAGGCUGCGUUGUGCUACUUUGCAUCGAAUCGUCUUAAGUGCCUCGCCCACCCACUUCGCAGUUGUAUUAUAAGACGAGUUACACAUGUCUACUAUUGGCUGCUUUAGGUUGGGUUUGUUAAUUUUUGAUAAACUGUACAGCCUUAGCUGGGCUUCUGUUAUUGGCAUAAUAGGUUCUAAUUCUUCGUUGCAAAGGAAACCUCGCUAUUUCGUUUUCUGAGGGCAUGUUACAAUUUCGACUUCCAGGGUUAGGUCUUAUUGUGCCAACUUUGACGUGUUCAGUGUUUCUAUAUGUAUUAUCCAUUUUGACCCAACUGUGAAAAACUCGGCGCCCCGGUGGGAUUCAAACUUACGACAGCAGACCCUCUAAUGCCGUAUUUUUUACGGCCAGCUUAUAGUCAAUGUCAGACUGACAUCACAGCCGACUCAUGUUCAUACGACUUGUAGAUUUUUUGAACGUGCCAUGUUCGUAGGUCCUCAUUUCUCAUUGUCUAUUUGCCAACUAUCAUCCUGCACUAGUGACGUUCUGACUGACAGUUUGCACUUCAACAGGGUUGUAUGAAAAUGUCGAAAAUCCACCGGAGAAUUUUAGGUUCAAGGUAGCGUGAGUACUUGUCAUAAAUGAGACGUCUGCCUGAUACUAAUUGGAAUAAUUUUUGCGGUUUACAGUCCGCUGCUCCCCCUUUGCUAAAAUAAACCUGACGCUCUUUUAAAACAUCUGGAAGCCCUGACAAUCAUGGCUUAAAAAGCUAACUGACGGUGUAACUGCGGCCCCUCGGACCGAGGAUCACUACUGUUAUUGUCAUAUCGUGCACUGCGCAUUUCUUACAGCCAUCUGCCGCCUGGCUGUCAGCUUCUCCUGUUCUCGGCCACCUACGAUGAGGAUGUGCUCGAAUUCGCCCACUCAAUAAUCCCGAACCCAGUAGAAUUUCGCGUUCGGCGUAAUCAGUUGACUUUGACCAACAUAAAACAGUUCUACAUCCUCUCACCGUCUUCGGAUGUCAGAUAUGCGCGUCUCGCUGAGAUCUACGGCUCCUUUCACGUUGGUCAGGCCAUCAUAUUUUGUGCGGUACGUGCCCUCUUACCUUCCCAGCCGCUUGUAGAUGCAUCUGGCCUCCUCCUUCGUGCAAAGCAUCUACCUGAUGCCUCUUUUUAUUAUAGACGCGGCGGGAGGCCAAAUGGUUGGAGAGGCGAAUGACUGCUGAUGGCCACAAGGUGAAACUCCUCUCCGGUGAACUGGAGGUACAUGAGAGGGAAGCUGUUAUCUCACAGUUCCGCAACGCCGAUUUCCGCGUCUUGAUUACCACCAACCUCUGUUCUCGAGGCCUGGAUGUUCCACAAGUGAAUUUAGUGAUCAACUGGCGCCUGCCCCUGAAUCGUCAAGGUGCAGUGGACUGUGAAACUUACCUCCAUCGGAUUGGUCGGUCUGGCCGCUUUGGAAAGGACGGUUUAGCUAUAAAUUUUGCGGGUCCUGAAGAUGAGCCACUGCUACAGCAAUUGGAAAAUCAUUUUGGUGAGUUAACUUCAUUUUUGCAUUCGAGAGGUAAAAAUACUUGUCCAAGUAUCCCCCAUGAUCAUUACGUAAACUGUCGGGGAGACCCCUGACAAAAAGCUUCUUUAGAAGCUCUUCAGAAGAAAAGCUUUCGGUCAGAUGUGGUUAUGUAGCCCCACCUGAAGUAAACAAACCCCAGCCACCUGUAAUACGGGACCGGUGGUAAUAGGGCCGGGGAAUUCACAGGUGACGAGGUCAAGUAGUUGUAUGCAAAUGAAAAACUAUUGGGAAUGCGCGCUUGUGCUUUGAGUGGUUGAGAAAUAGUUACCUUAACCCCUAACUCGAACUCCUAGCGCCACCCCAAACAUUAGUGUCCAUCAGGCGGGGCCACAUAACCACAUCUUACCAAGCUUUCAUCUAGGGCAUUUAUGAAACAAAAAAUUUCGAGAAAUUUUUAAGGCUUCGAAACGUUCCAAGCAAACUAAUACCAAGGGUGCCCUUCCUCUCGCAAAGCAUGCAGUUUUUCUAAAAGAACACGUAUUAUAACUGUAAGAAGCAAACAAUAUGAAAAAUUUUAAUCGCUGUAGGACAAAACUGUCUGAUUUUAGCUUCUCAGGUCUAUUGAAGAUCGGCAUAGCUCAUUCCAGCAGAAUUCAACGGAAUAGCGUUUUCGUCCUUGAAUUCUGUAUCAGUUUUCGAUAUUCUGGCACACGUGGUAAUAAUGCCAGGAGUGGGAACCACUCCAGUAAGCAGUAUUCCACGGACAGUAAUACUUCGUCCACCAUAACCAACGAUAACUAUAUUCAGUGGAUUCAAUCUAUGGCUUGUGUGAUGAGUGAAGACCUGAUAGAUCGUAUUAAGCAGGCCGCGAGGGGUUUUCACGAAUAGAGUUACACAAGCCCUAAGUGUGCGUUAAAAGUUGGAGUCAUUGUUACUAUUGUAGAUGGCAGUGGUUGGUAAGUCCAGGAGUAAAUUUGCGGCGAAAGGCAAAACGAGGACGUUGGUGACUAGCUGCAGCCUGCGUGGACUCUGAUUUCUAAGCUGCCAUAUGGAAUGCUCCUUCUACGGAAUUUCACAUUGGAAAUGUUACUGGUAGUCAGAAGAAGAAGAGGAGAUCGAUGGAACAAGUUUAUUGGCCUGAUGUCUCGGAAUCCCACCCGAACUCAUCGUCAGGGACAGUUGCAGGUGGAGGUAUGAAGAGCUAUAUCGGCUUGUUCAGACGCCCUGCGGCAAACCAGAAGUCACAUUUGCCGAAUUGCAAUACUUUUGAGGGGUGCUCAAAGCAAAUGACCGCCAGUGCAACUUGUCAACAGAUGCAUACGCAAACGAAAUGAGAGAUCAAACCUCACCGGCUUUAAAUUUUGGCGACCGCCUCCUUAAAUGAAGAGCACCGGGAAACAGUUGACAACUUUCUCUCACUACUUGGAUUUUGAGUUGCGCACAGACCAGAACCAACUAUAAUGCGCCAAGUAAUGAGGCCAAAGACCCACUUCCACUUCAGGAAACGUCUGAAGUCGUCUACCGGAUCAUGUGCGCUUGCGGAUAAAGUCAUUACGUCGUAGAAACUGGGAGAUUACUCCGGACUCGAAUAGCUGAACAUUCAGCGGCGGUGAAGCGGGAGGGAGCUAACUCUCAGAUCGCGGCUCAUCCGACAUGACCUUCCAGUUUUAUUAGGCCAAAUUUUCGGAAGAGGUGGCAACCGCAGGAGGAGCGAGCUGCUUGUGUCCUAUUUCUCUCGUCCACAGCCGAUUAAUGAGCGCAACGACCACCCGCCUCCCCAUUUUCUGUGCCGAAAAUUGGCCUGGACGGAAUAAUUAGCCACGCUCGGACGUCUGGGGGGACCAACAGUUCCGGCGAUAGCGAGCAACAUUUUCGGGUCAUUAUCACGCUAAGAAUCGAUAACUGUGGCGAAUUACGGCAUUUAAUGGCUUAGAAGCAGACCAACAAGAAAUCGUAACACCAAGUAUGAACCCCAGCUAUGAACAAGAAAGCCGCUAAUUAUACUAGGCAUUGCGUUACAUGGUACCUGCGUCCUAUAAAUACUGCGCUCUUUGUGCCUCCAUUACCCUUGCCUAUGACUGUCUUAAGUGAUGGUUUCGAGUAAGAAUCCGAAACGUCAGGCCAAUAAAAUUGUUUCAACUAUCGCAUCUUCUUCUGUGCUGCCUCCUGGUACUAGUCUCUUGCCACCUAUUGUCUAUUGCUGGUACCUGUUGACGCAUUUUUCAGCAACGCUGCUAUCCACUCUAUUCUUUCUGGCACUCCGCGGCGCGUACUGUAAUAAAAUCGCCUGUCGACAGCUGUGAUGACAGGACGCACCGGUGACUUUCGCCUGCGAUUUUUUUUCGUGAAGUGUACUAUGACAUCACUUACCUUACCUCGUUCUUCCAAAGCCCACCCUGUUCCGAUAGCAAAACAGUGUUAAUACGGCCGGAGAUGGGCGUAGUAACUGACGACGCUACCCUGUAAGUCAGCUCGGGCCACUUACGAACUUGACUCGAACUCUCCAUAUACCAGACUUCCGUGGGUGGCGGGAGGGGAGGGGUCUCAGAUCUCACAUAAGGCAAAGAACCACAAAGGCCAAAUUAAAAGGGAGCUGUUACGGCCUGGCCGCCAGCCCUGAGUAGUAUCAAGUAAUCUUGUCAGUUGUCAGCGCUGCACUUCACGACUCUUCAGGGCGUUAUGAUAGUUUGAAACUGUUUUAGGUUUUUUUGUGCUGAGUAUAUUGAGCGUAUGAUUUGAGUCUGAUCAACUUAUUUCUUCCCACGCAUUAGUUGUGUUGUGGUAGAGUUUGUACUGAGACUUUUGAGUACUUCAACUUGAGCACGUUUAUAGCCUGCACACCUUUGAUCAUUCUAUGCUUCGUCAAGUUCGGCCUUGGUCAUUUUCUACUUAACUUUAAGUCAUGCUUGCCUCUUGUUUUUGUUUUAUUUUAGAUAUAACUAUACCGCUGCUCACCGAAGAGGCUCUGAGUGAGCUUUAA